AUGUUGUCAAAAAAAUUUAGCAAAAUGAAGAGAAUAUUCAAAUACGAAAUUUAUACAGUGUUUAUAAUACUGGCGUUUACGAAAACGGACGCUCUGCCAAUGGAAGGCAAAUGGAAUGAAAACCUUACAUUGGGUUAUAACAGCAUACAUUUAUCGAAAAGUCUAUUCAAAGGAGCCGAAGUUUUUAUAGGAAUAAAUUGCGAUUCCAAAAUUCCAGAUCAAGAGAUCGGAAUAAGCUUAACGAUCAUACAAUCCCGAUGUUGGGACAUCACAGACGCCCUAACUACCCUCAAAAAGGAGACAUCAUGGAAAAACCAGGACUUCAAAAACAACACCAACGUCUACCACAGCAGCGAGAAAUACCGUUGCAACGAUCACAUCUUCAUUCGCGAGAAUCCCAUCGGCCUGGAGAAGACCACGAAGCACAGCAGCAGCCAACCCAUUCACAAGAUCCCCCACGAUGGCGUCUACGUAUUAGCUCUCACGAUUAACACCAUCAACACCUCCGAGUACAGCGUGGGAGUUCACAUAGAAAUGAAGCACGAUUACGGAUAUCUAUCGGCGGCCGAUUGGCCUUUACUCCCGUUCUACGGCUUCAUGUGCUUGUAUUACGUGAUGCUCGGCGUCAUAUGGUUGGUGCUCUCGUUCACCCAAUGGCGGGAUCUGCUGCGAGUGCAAUUCUGGAUAGGCGGGGUGAUCCUGCUGGGCAUGCUGGAGAAGGCCACUUUCUACGCUGAAUACCAGAGCAUCAACAACACCGGCGUGAGAUUCCAAGGGGCCAUGCUCUUCGCCGAGUGGAUAUCCUGCGCGAAGCGAACCCUAGCCAGGAUGCUCGUGGUGAUCGUGAGCUUAGGUUUCGGCAUCGUGAAGCCUAGAUUAGGCGCGACGUUGCAUCGCGUGGUAGGCGUCGGGCUUUUAUAUUUCUUCUUAGCAGCGUCCGAAGCCUAUCUGAGGAUAACGAAAGACAAAAACGAUCCCAGUAAAGAUAUUCUAGUCGCUUCCGUGCCAUUAGCCGUAUUAGAUUCGGCCAUAUGCUGGUGGAUAUUCUCCGCGUUGGUGAACACCACGAGGACCCUGCGAUUGAGGAGGAACGAGGCGAAAUUGGGCCUGUACAGGCACUUUACGAACACGUUGAUAUUCGCCGUGCUGGCGUCGGUGUUCUUCAUGCUGUACAGCAUCAAAGUGCACCAUUUCGUGGAGUGCCUGGUGGUGUGGAAGGACAUUUGGGUGGAGGAGGCCUACUGGCACGUGUUGUUCUCGCUGUUGUUGUUGGUGAUAAUGAUUCUAUGGAGGCCCACCAACAACAACCAGAGGUACGCGUUCGUGCCGCUGUUGGAUACGGGCGACGACGCCGAGGAGGAGGAGCACCUGGUGAACGAUGCGUACGGGGUCAAAGUGAGAAUCCACCAUUCUAAAAAUUCAUCACCUCAGGUUUCGUCGAUCGAUGAUGAUCUUAAAUGGUUGGAGGAGAAUGUUAAAAGCGAUCCCGCUCUGCCUAUAUUAGAUUCCGAUGAGGAAUUGGUGAAUACUAGAUUCGAGGUGUCGAAAAUGCAGUAA